CGAAUACGCCUCCGCAGCCGCUCGAUACUCCUUCCUCGGGAUUAGCUCGACUCCUUGCAUACUCCUCCUCCUCUCUCGAUGAUUCUUAGGAUAUGCGGAACGCGAAUUCCGUCCUUUCGAAUCUGUGCUGCUUGAUUAGAGACGCGGAACACUUUUGCUCGAGCAAAUCGAAGCGUAUCGGGUGUACAUUUAUAUGCUUCAACGUUUUUUUUUUCACAAUAUGGUGAUCGGUUGGUGGAUGUGAGAGAAAAACGGGGCUGGAUUCCGAGACGAGUGUUUCGAGCCAAGAGGUCGUAAUUGUUACGUACGUUUUUUGUCGUUAGCAGUUUUUUCAUUCGUUGAUCUCUCGAAAUGUGGUGUUAUUCGUUGGCGUGGCUGGCCUCUUUGCGCAUCGUGUCGUACACGAUCUCCGAUGUACCUUGCAUCGAAAACAUCCAGGAUAUCAUCCAGAGGGAAAGGAUCGGUGUACAGCAAAGGCGGCGGUAGUAGGACGUUGUCCAAGCGAUUUCUAAACGGCAACAUCAUCACUUACGACCGGUCUAAUCGUUCGUUACGAGCCACCUGUGAGUUAACCACACCAACCUGGUACCCAGGCUUUCUUAGGGGCACAAGCAACGGACAGGCAGCGUGUAUGAUCAUUGAAGACUAUCCCCCUCUGCCCACCAAACCGAGGCAAUAUUUGCAUCAAGAUACUACCCAACGAUUUCUGAAUCAUCUAGUCCUGCCUAAGCACAGGACCUCAAAAUUUUCCAGUAAUAGGCAUCGGAAGCUACAGCCGUUCAGAGAAACGUGACUGGUGUCAACGGAUAGUGCGGCAUACGUUACCGCAGACAACGAAAAUCACCCUGACUCGACACGUAACGAGCUACCAUCGGGUAGCCAUUGCCUGGCAACGUCGCUGCACAGCAAUCAAACUGCCGCUGGGAAACGUGGAAAGUAGAUCCAGAAGGACGAGGACGAAGACGUUACCUACUUGAACGAUAGAAAGAUAGGGGCCAAUAGAAUCCAGAGAGAACGAGAGUGAUCGACCAGAAAAAGCUUGGUAGCUUUCGACAGUUCGACGCUUGCAUCACCAUUUGCCAACAACUCGUUUUCACAACGACGUCUCGUCAGAAAUUGCUGUUGUCGCUUGGAGGGGAUAUUAAUUUAGCAAGGAGCAAGAAGUGGAAAUAUCAGUCACCAUGGGGAGUGUCAACGUAAAUCGUAAUGUCAGCGAUGCGUUUUAUCGCUAUAAAAUGCCACGGAUUCAAGCCAAAGUAGAAGGCAAGGGAAAUGGUAUCAAAACUGUGAUCGUGAAUAUGGUUGAUGUCGCGAAAGCGAUUGGAAGACCUGCCACCUAUCCUACUAAGUACUUUGGUUGUGAGCUCGGAGCACAAACUCAAUUUGAUUUCAAAAAUGAAAGAUUUAUAGUAAAUGGUUCGCACGAUGCUACAAAAUUGCAAGAUCUUUUGGAUGGAUUCAUUCGCAAAUAUGUAUUAUGCCCGGCUUGCGAUAAUCCUGAGACCGAAUUGAUGGUCAGUUCGAAAAAAGGGACUAUUUCACAGGGAUGCAAAGCGUGUGGCUAUCACGGGCUAUUGGAAAGUAAUCAUAAAUUGAACACCUACAUUCUAAAGAACCCACCGAGCUUGAAUCCUGCUGUUCAAGGUAGUUCUUUAACUGAAGGUAAACGUGGGAAACGUUCAAAACGUGCGAAUGGUGAAACAACUACCACUACAACCACUGCUACUGCUAAUGGCGAUCGAUCUGGUUCUCCGGAAAACGAUACCAACACCACCGAUAUCGUGGUCGAGGCUCCUGAAAAAAUGGCGGACGAGAACGGAGAUGAUGAUAAUUGGGCAGUCGAUGUGUCGGAGGAGGCAGUCAGAGCCCGUCUACAGGACUUGACAGACGGGGCAAAAGGAAUGACCAUCAGCGAUGAUCUUGACAAGACUGAAAAAGAGAGGAUGGACAUGUUUUAUAAGUUAGUUAAAUGUCGUCGCGACGCUGGGCAAUUGGAUAAUCAUAAAGAGCUGAUCACAGAGGCCGAACGUCUGGAAAUCAAGACAAAAGCGCCAUUGAUUCUGGCCGAACUACUCUUCGAUCAAAAUAUUGCUGCUCAAGCUAAAAAAUAUCGAGUACUUCUCCUUCGUUUUACCCACGAUGAUAUUAAGGCACAGAAA